AUGCAGUCGGUGCCGAAGAAACGUAUGAGAGGAGCAUGCCGGCCGUGUGCCCGAAAGAAGAGAAAGUGCGAUCAUAAGUAUCCACGAUGCACACAAUGCGAAAAGCAUGACGAUGUGUGCGAGAUGAGAAACUUCAAGACAUGGGGACAACCCUUAGACUCUCAAGCUUUCGUUGUCCCCACCGCCCAGCAAGCGAAGGUUACCAAAAGUGUCACUACUAAGGACAGUCGGAAUGUGUUUCCAACCCAUUCAUCAUCAAGAUCGCCUUCCUUCAGUCAAAUUCCCGAUGCAUAUCUCAGUAACAUGCAGGUCGCGGGAGCAAUGAUACAUCCAAAUGUUGUCGAUCGCACUGCUAACGUUCUGGGGUCGUUUGCGCAACCGCUGCCGUUCGGGCCACAGGAGGCUCUAGAAAGAAGUUCAUCAUCUUCUGAUUCUAGUUUCAUUUACUAUGAUCCGAGUUAUUCUACUAGCACAGGACCCGACAGUUUACAGAUGAACAUGACUGGCUUAUUAACGUCGGCCUCGAUGUAUCAGGAUACCCCAUACGUUCCUGGGUUGAUGCCAGAUACUGUCGAUGAGAUCAUAGAAGAUUUUGUUGAUGCUUCUAAACCCCAGCCGUAUCUAUAUAAUCCCUCGCCUUUUCCAGACGAUAUGCUUGUCUCACCUGAGAAACGAUUCUUGUGGGACUACUUCUUCCAUGGAGUUAAGGCUAACAUAUUGUCACUCGACACCUGCGACAUCGCACAUCUACACGAUUUCCAGGAUCCGUACAACACCAUUUUACCUUGCAUAGCUCUAGACAACCCAGUCUUACGAGGCGCGUUGCUCUGUGGCAGCGCAUUACAAUUUAAACAUAUCCAUGGCCAAGACAGCUGGACUCCAGUUGCGGAAUCGAUUGGCUCCAACACCCUGCAACAAUUGCGCAUGUACAGAAGCGCUCCCCCAAUGGACAGUUCCAACAUACUCGCCCUAAUGUUAGCCGCUUCAUUCCUUCACUUCUUUCGCCGUGAUCGGAGAGAUGGAUGUUUGGAGUUGGCGGCUGGUUAUGCCAUGGACCUCCGUUCUCGUUCCAAGUCCCAGACCCAACCAGCUUUACCGAGUAAGAAUCUAGAUAUGAGCUUGACGGCAUUUCGAUGGAGCAUCAUAUCGACUCUAUGCUCUCUAAGGAUGCCAGACGCGCCGCUGGUACCCAGCAGCGGAUCCCGUAUCAUCGAGCUUGACGACGAGGAGGUCACGGAGAACUUCUCAAGCACAUUCCAACAUUGGGUCACACAUCCGCUCUAUGUCUUCUCUCCUCGCCUGGUAAAUCCAUUGCUCAGAAUCGGCAAACUCCUUGAGCGACAAUUACUCGGAGAAACCGAACUAGACGACGAGAUCAGGGUAGCAGAAAAAAUGCUGCACAACGCGCGAGAAGCCGACGACGCCUUUUUAUCGUCGCCGUACGGAGUCGCGGACCCAAAAUCAGCACUCGCUGCGAACGAAGCCAUGCACGCUUCGAGCCUCAUUCUCGUCUACGCUCGACUGAAACAGAUGCCGUACACAUCACCACUGAUACGGAAACAAGUGCAAAUCGUCGUCGACGAAGUCGCGAAGAUUAGCGUGAAUUCGCGCGUCUCACAUACCAUCUUGUUCCCGCUCUUCAUCGCGGGUUGCGAAGCGGUGGAUCUACAAGCGAGGGAAUCGAUACAAAGGAGGCUCAUGAUGCCGAAAGGGGAGUUUUUCAAUAAGAAGACCGGGCCAGCUAGUGCUCUCGAUCAUAUUUGGGAGAUUCGAGACUUGGAACCUGGGCUUUUGUGGCCACAUUGGAUAUAUAAAGUUGCGCCUGAACAUCGGGUCGAUAGCUUGUUUUGA